UCCGGCCUUGCUAGUCCGCCCACCUUGGACCAGCUUGCCGAGUAGCGGGUAGAAGCGGCAGCCUUCUCUUAGGUCUCCAGAGUGGUCCGGAAGACAUGCAGCUCAGGAGCAGUGGGAUGAAGGAAGGUUGAAGAAACUGAGGCAGGCAGAAGUGAAGUGACAUGCCCAGAGUCACAUAGCUGGUAAUCCAGAGACAGGAGGGACCCUGGAACUGCAAGGAUGACCGAGUGGCAGCAAAUAUUCAUACAAAACCUCUUCGUCCGUCCCCACCCGCAGAGAAGGCGCCAGCUUUUUAAGGAGUCGACGGCAUUCCAGUGUGUCCUGAAGUGGCUGGAUGGCCUGCAAAUUAAGCAGAGGGUGCUGGAGGCGCUGUCCGCCGUGGAGUACCAUCUCCGCAUCUCUCUCUUUGACGUGACCUAUCGACACUUCUUUGGGAGGACGUGGAAAAGCGCAGCGAGGCCAGCCAAGUGUGUGGUGGGGGAGCAGCCCAGGAUCGUCUUCAAUGAGCCUGUGUAUUUCCACACAUCUUUAAAUCACUCGAAUGUUGUUGUGGUGGUGGAAGUUGUUGCUGAAGGCAAGAGACGGGAUGGGAGCCUGCAGAUGGUGGCCUGUGGCUUUGGGAUCCUGCGGCUCUUCAGUGCCAAACCAGAAGGUCCUGAUUCUCCCACUCAGGACAGAAGGCUGAGACUCUAUCAUGGCACCCCCAGAGCCCUCCUGCAUCCGCAUCUUGAGGAUCCUAUCGAACAAAGUAAAUAUAUGACCCUCAUUGAGAACUGCCACAUUCUGUAUACCUUGAAGUUCCAUCCUGUUCUUGAGGCUGCCUUCCACCUUCUUCCUGAGAACUUUUUGGUGUCUGGUUUGCAGAAAAUCCCCGGCUUACUACCAGCCCAUGGAGACACAAAUGAUGCACUGCGGAAGCCUCGCCUCCAGAAGUCUGUCACAUGGUAUUUGGACAAUCUGCUCUUCAACCUGUAUCCAUCGCUUGAGAAGUUUGAGGAGGAACUUCUGGAGCUCCUCAGUCAUGACCGCUUGAGGGAGGAGAGCGGCACCUUGGAGGGGAAGGCGGCGACGAUUCAGGAACGGCGGCUACAUGUGGGGGUGCACAAUGGCCUGCUUUUUGUUCAGAAGCCUCAAGUGGUGGUGCUGAUGCCCGAGAGUGAGGUGGCCCUGGGGCGCUCUGGAACUCUCAACAGGAAGCCUUCCUUCUCUGCCAACAUCAGUUCCAGAAGUCAGGCCCUGGUCUUGAGAAGCCGAAUUCGCCUGACAGAAAUGGUCAAUAACCCAGCAUUCGCAGUUAUCUUCCAGCUGGAGUACGUGUUUAAUGCUCCUUCAGGAGUGGAAGUGAAGGGGGCCUCUGCUACAUCAUUGUCUAACAUGGCCUACAUGCACGUAAUUCGAUGGGCCGUUUGGAACCCCCUGACAGAAGGCUUUUCUAAGAAGGUGGUGACCUUACCCCUUCGAGGAGGAGCACAACUCAACCCUGCCCACUGUUUGGUGUACAAGAUUCCUUCAACCACCAUGAGCUCCGAGGAGGUUAAGCAAGUUGAGUUGGGCACCAUCCAAUUCCAGUUCUCCCUCAGCUCAGGAGAACACUUGGGAACCUCUCUCGAGCCCUCCAGCCACAUGAAAGAGGAGCUACAGCACCCCAAGAAACCUCCCCCAUCCUCUUCAACUCCCCUUCGGCCUCGGAUGCAGUCUUCUGCCCAGCUGUCUCCGAUGGGACCUGGAUUAUCUAUAUCCCAGCUGUCAGCCUCUCCCCCCUCGACCAUUCGAAGCCUCUCUGCCAGACCUCCCUUACCCACCCAGCUUGGCUCACAGCUUUCCACGUCCCUCAAGACCUCCCAGGGAGCCCAGGAAGAUCUCUCCUCCAGCAGCAGCAGCAGCAGGAUAGCUCAUCUGGAGGUUGACCUGAGCCAGAGAUCCCUCGUUUCAGAAUCCCCCAGUGCUGAGCAGCUGCAGGAGUUGCCUUUCACGCCCUUACAUGCUCCGAUUAUCAUGGGCACUGAGACCCGAAGUUCUGGAUCUAAGCUCUCCCGCGCCUCGUUAGUUCGCCUGCGCACAUUAGGCUUUCCAGAAAUUCUGGACCACAGCAAGCAACCAGCUGAAGUUGUGGAUCCUGCCGUCCCCAUGAACUUUAACCCUCAAAAGGAAGAAGCAGAUGUGCUACAGAGCAAUGAAAUAAUCUUGCAAUUUCUUGCCUUCAGCAGAGCAUCAGAGGACCCCAGGGGAAUGCCAUGGCCAAAAACAGUGUACUUCACCUUCCAAUUCUAUCGUUUCCCACCGGUCACGACACCACGGUUACAACUGGUGAAGCUGGAACAACCUGGGAUGACUAACUGUAGUUCUCCAUCCCACAUCCUGGUUUCAAUAAACAAGGAUGGCUCAUUUAACAAGGACUCUCCCGGGCUCCAGCUCCAGUAUCUGGUGGAUCCUGUGCUCCUCAAGCCUGGAGAACAGCGGUGGUUUAUACAUUAUCUUGCUGUGCAGACCCUACACAUCGAUGUCUGGGAUGGAGAUUCGCUGCUUCUCAUUGGCUCUGCAGCAGUGCAGAUGGAGCAUAUCCUCCGCCAGGGCCAGGCGGCUGUUCAAGUCUCCCAUGAGCUCGAUGUUUUCACAACAGAAUAUGAACAGGAUACGAUGGUGGUGAGUGGAGACAUUACCAGGCCUGGCACCGUCAAACCCAUUGGAGUCCACACUCUGGUCAGAGGCCGUCUGCACCUCACUUUGGCCAAUGUGGGUCAUGUGUCUGAACAGAAAUCAAAUGAUUCCAACUCAUUACCCCCUUCACGAUCGCGGAUCAUUUCCUCUAAUGAUGGGACCAGUGGCUUCCAUGGAGGCAGUCUUCUUAGCCAGGAAGGCCAUAGAGCUUUUAAAAAUGUGGCUCAAGCACGGAAACUAGCCGAUGUGGACAGUGAACUAGCUGCAAUGCUCUUUACUAACAAGCACGAGGGGAGCAAGGUCCAUCAGGUCACCAGUCAAGAGGCAGAUGCCACACGGAAGCGGAAGCUUGAGAGGAUGGUGGCAGUGCGACUUCAGGAGUCUGAAAGCAAUCUUGGCCUCGGAAAGAAAAACCUACUGGCUCAGCAUGAUGUCCAAACUCAGCACUCCCGGGAUCUCCAGAUUAUUGAUGCGUAUCGAGAACGGACCAAAGUAGAGAGCAUCACCAAUAUGCUGAGCAUGGUCAUCACCACCCACCAUACCAUCUAUGCCACUUUGGGCACCGCUGAAUUCUUUGAGUUUGCCCUCAAGAACCCACACAACCUACAGCAUACAGUGUCGAUUGAGAUUGAUAACCCAGAGCUCAGUGUCAUUCUGGAUAGUAGGGAGUGGAGACACUUCAAAGACGCUACCAAAGUACAUACGCCGCUGGAGGAAGACAUGUUCCAUCUCCACAAAAACUGCACCCCGCAGCUCUACGUGCGCCCCAAGGAGACGGUUCACAUCCCUUUCAAAUAUCAGACUUUCUGCCUGGAUCACACUGUCAUGAUGCAGCAAUGUCCUUCUGAAUGUAAAUCUGACAAGGUCCCAGAAGCCAUGUUGCCUUGGAAGUCCAGAGAAAUACCCACCAAAAGCAUUAAGGUAUCAUUUAGCGUGAGCAGUGGAAAACCCAUUGCCAUCCUGUGCGUGAAUGUGGAAUAUCAACCCCAUGUGGUUGAUCAGACAUUUCGGUUUUAUCAUCCUGAGCUCUCCUUCCUGAAGAAGUCCAUCCGGCUACCUCUUUGGCAUACCUUGCCCGGUGCCCCUGUAGGAGGAAUGCCUGGUAAGGAACCCCAAAUCUAUGUUCGUUGCAGUGACCCAAACGUCAUUUGUGAAACCAAAAAAAUGGGCCCAGGGGAACCGCAGGACAUGUUUCUGAAAGUAGCUGGAGGUCCAAGCCCACAGAUCAAAAAAUUCUGUGUUGCUCUUUAUAUGGAUUACUGGCUGGCUACCCCUAUUCAAAUAUGGCAGAUCUACCUCCACUCUCUCCAAAGGGUAGAUGUUAAUUGUGUCACUGGCCAGUUGACCCGCCUUUCCCUUGUUCUUCAUGGCACCCAAACUGUUAGGAAAGUGAAAGCAUUCACUUCACACCCCAACGAGCUAAAGCUGGACCCUGAUGGCGUUUUUAUGCUCUCACGGAAUGGCGUGCAUGACCUACAAGUUGGUGUGAGACCUCAGCGUUCAGGCAAUCGGUUCCUUUAUCUCAAUCUGGUGGAUGUUGAUUACCACCAGUUGGUGGCCUCCUGGCUCGUGUGCCUAUCCAGUCGACAGCCUGUCAUUUCCAAGGCUUUUGAGAUCACGUUGCCAUCUGGUUGUGGCAGAGGUGCCAACAAGAAGAUCACAUACACCAAUCCCUACCCUUCCAAAAGAGCGUACCGCCUGCACACCAACCACCCGGCCCUGCUGCAGUUCAAGGAAGACGCCUUUGAGGUUGAUGCUGGAGAAACGUAUACCAUCGGCCUGCGGUUUGCUCCAAGUAACAGCACAGGGAUGGAGGAAAUUCUGAUUUACAUUAAUGACCAUGAAGACAAAAAUGAGGAGACAUUUUGCGUGAAGGUCAUCUACCAAUAAAGGGCAGGGCCUUAAUCAGGCUGACUUGUUCUUGCCCUGUCCACAUGUUCGUCUCAUGGAAUCUCCUCUGAUGGGGCCAAAAUCCCAUUUUCUCUCAAAGACCACUUGAGUAGUAUCAUUGGUUUCUGAUUUUGCUGCUGUAUAGAUUUUCUUCCUUUAGUAUUUUCCUCCACCAUUUGUCUUUGGAUACCGAUAACCCACUGAUAUUACCCCUGCACGUGGCCAGAGGACUGAAAGCGUAUGUUCCCUCCUUAUUUAUGAUGUGCCUGAGUCUAAUCAAGCUCCAGCCAAAAUCCGAGUGAUUUAUUCCCGAGCACAGUCCCUAAGCAGUAACCCAAACGCCCCGUGAUGUCACUUGGGGAAUAUUGCCGUUCCCAUGGGUGUACAAGGAAUUAUAACUUUCUACCAAAUUGUUUUGCUUGUGACUUUUGCUGAUUUUUUAAAAAGUAUUUUUAUGAAACAUUUGUUUUCU